UUCAUGUUCAGCCCAUUAAUUAAGGCGCGGAAUAUAAACCAAAGCACUAAUAAUCUCCGGGGUCAUAGCAAGAAGGUUCUGAAACCGCGAUCUAAUAAACUAAAGGUGGGGUCCCGUUUUUCUCAUCGAGUGGUCAAUGACUGGAACGCUUUACCAGAACAAGUGGUAUCAGCACCAUCAGUGAACAUUUUCAAAAAGAAGCUGGACCUUCACUGGAAGGAAAUCUGUCAGGAUUAACACAGGUUCAUCAACCUACUAUCCUUAUUACUGAAGACUGAUUGGCAGUCAAACUACUAUCUUCGGCUGCUGUCCAAUCCUCUCUUGAUUGCCUUCAAAUGGAUGCACGCUUUACCGCGGCGUUGUCUAUAUGGAUUCAUAAACCCCAAGUUGUACAUAAAGAUGUAUUUGCUUCAUCUGUUGUAUCCGAAACUGAUGAAUCCUUUGUAAGGGUUGUCUAUCCGAAGCUCCGUACUGGGAUCAGUGAAUUCACUGAAGUUUGUUCCAAAGGAUCAGUUUAUAAGUUUUCAUCUAUCUCGAUAACUUAUAUUGUCGAGAAAACAAAUGGUCGCAUCCGAGUUUCCGUCUUGGAUGAGUCUUCUGGGUUUUUCCACAGUUCUUGGCUGAAAGACGUCCUUGAACAAAAGCUCAAUCUUUGGUAUUCUUGUGAUGCAAAAGUUAAUAUUCCUUCACUCUCACUAAUUGAUUGCCGUCAAUAUCAACUGCAAUACGAACGUUUGAAAAAUACUUAUGGACCUACUCUAGUUAAGAACUGGUCGGAGAAAACAGACCCAAUGAAAUUCGUGUAUGAAGAUAUUGGUAUAGCUUGCUACCUUAUAUGUUUAUGGAAAAAUGAACAUGUUAAUUUCGUUGAUCUUGGUUGUGGGAACGGAUUGUUGACUUACAUACUUACAUCUGAAGGAUUCACUGGUAUAGGAAUAGAUGUACGUAAAAGGCACAUUUGGAAGUCUUAUCCACUAUAUAUACAACAACGUUUAAAGGAAAUUUCGUUGAAUCCAGAAGAUGUGUGUGGGUUUCCACAAGCCAACUGGCUAAUCGGGAAUCACAGUGAUGAACUUACACCUUGGUUGCCUAUACUAGCAUGUAAAAGUGGACCAUCGUGCAAGCUAUUUGUUUUACCAUGUUGUCCUUACAGUCUUUUUGGAAAAUUCAAUAUCCCGAAGAGUUCACUUUCGUUUUUACCUGACGACAUAAAUGUCAAACACAUAACAGAAAGUAGUCGAUAUGGAACAUAUCUUAAUUAUAUACAACAAAUUCUUGCCAUUUGCAGAUUUGUACCUGAAGUUGAUGCGCUCAGGAUACCAUCAACUAAACGUAUAUGUAUUGUUGGUCGAGAUAUAAUCGAUUCAAAGUACUCUGAUGUUAAUGAACACUCAGAUCGUUUGUCUGCUGUUAAUAAAUACAUUGAAUACGAACGUGACAUCACUUCAAAACCUAACAAAACGUUUGUUGUGCGUCCACCCACAGAGGUUUCCUAUAACUGUGCAAAAGUUUCGAAAUCUGUUCUUGACAAAAUAUCACAUACAGUUUUCAAAGCCUUAUUAAUCUGUAAGCCAGAUAAAUAUAAUUUACAAUCCCAUAAUCUAAUGCUUUCUGAUGAUUUAAAAGUACGAACUUUGGACAAUCGUUGGUGGAAUCCUGGUGUGAAUUCAUAAUGUUCUUCAUUCAUCCAGCUAUUGCAUGAAGACAGUUUAGAUAUUGAAUUUAUUGAUCACUAAAUUAUAUCUAAUUGCCUACUGUACACAUUGAUAUACUUAUUUUGUUGGAACUUCACAUUUUAUGCAAAAGUGAUCACAGAACUAUGUUUUACUACCAUUCUGUAUGAUGAUAAAUAUGUUUCCAGUACUAACUUGAGUAUCUCUAGUUUUUUUUGCACGAUUGUACUGAUGCUUUUCUCUCAAAUAUAUUGACUUAUUACAAAAGAUAGAAUAUGGGAAAAAAUCAGAAUAAAAUAUUCUUCCCUCCUAAUAAGGCACAUUAACUUUAUCAGAGUGCAGUGAACUUGUAUCAUUGGAUGAUAUGAAGUUAUUAAAAUCUCAGCAUGGUGGUUUGCAAACUGUCUUGAGGAAUCACCACCAGUGUUUUCGAACUAUCAAAAACACCGUUCAGUUACGUUGGUUACCAGAAAAGAUGGCGAAACUUAAUGAUUCUGGAUUUCCGUUAUUCAGUAACAACAAUGGGAAGAAUCGUAAAACGAAAUUCUGCUGGAUGUCACUUAACCAUCCAGAUGGUUGUCCAUACACUUCUGAAUUGUGCGACUUUGCCCAUUGCGAAAAUGAAAUUCUCACAAAAACCGAUCCCAAGAAACAAUAAACGAAAUUAAACAUGUAUAUACGUCGACCAAUAAAGAAUUUUGAACU